AUGAAGUUCUCCCUCCUCACCGUCGCCCUCGCCACUCUGGCAACCGCUUCACCCAUGCCAGAGAAUGAGCAGCACGAGAAGCGAAUCCUCGGCCUCUUCAAGCCCAAGCCCGCUGUCCCAUUCACCUUUACCUCGACUUGGGAGGUCAAGGCCACUCCUGGAGAGGUCGUUGACAGCGAGAACAAGUUCACCGGCGGCUUGGCCAACAGCUGGGGUCUCUUCAAGUUCGGCAUCAACUCGCAGGAGGAUAUCAUCUGCUACAACAUCACCCUCUAUGGGUUCCGCGGAGAGUACCAGUCUCCUGCCAACACGGCCACCCACAUCCACGAAGCCGCCAGGGGCAAGUCAGGCCCUCCUCGCAUCGCCUUCCCCAACCCCGUCGGCGACGGCGGCUGCCGCACCUCGAUCGGCUGCCUCCAGGGCCCGUUCCGCACAGGAGUCAUCCAGAACGGCAAGGAUACUGGCGAGGGAUUCACGCUCAAGCAGAUCGAGAAGAACCCUACCAUGUUCUUUGCCGACACGCACUCCAGCCUUGCUGUUCCUGGAGCUUUCCGAGGACAGCUCAACUCUGGCCGCCGCUCCUAG